AUGAAGGUCAGCAAAGUUACCAUGGCAUUGAUCAGUCUUUUAUCCACACGUGCAGGAGCUUUCACUUCUGUUGCCCGCCGAUCGGCAGUCUCUACCACUGCUCGUUUCAUGUCUGGCCCCAUGCCAUACGAUGACGACAAGAUGCCCUUCUACGCUUUGGGAACCAACUUGGCACUUCAAGUCGGAGGACAAGGAAACUUCAAGACUCUGCUUGACGAUAAGGAACUUGAAAUUGUUUUGGAAGCCUUCUGCGAAAACUUGCGUGGAACCAACGCCCAAGACCCCCGUGCCGUUUUGACAACCUACGGACAAGAAUUGAAUAAGAUCUUGGGCGAACGUACCGCUGGAAUUGUUGAGCGUGUCAAGAAGGAUGGAGACGAUUACAUCAAAAACUUCUUGGACUGCAACGACGAAGCCGUCCAAACAGCAUCUGGAUUGGUCUACUACCCCAUGGUUGAGGGAACUGGAGCAUCACCUACCCUUUCAAACCAAGUGGAGGUUCAUUACCACGGAACUUUGACUGACGGAACCGUAUUCGACUCUUCUGUCGAACGUGGCCAAACUAUCAGCUUUGCUUUGGGUGGAGUCAUCAAGGGAUGGCAAGAAGGGCUUGCCAUGAUGAAGGAAGGAGGAAAGGCCACUUUGGUAAUUCCAUCUGACUUGGCAUAUGGAGAUGGCGGCAGUGGAGAUGCUAUCCCUCCAGGUGCCACUCUCAAGUUCGAGGUUGAAUUGUUCAAGGUUCAGUAA